AUGACAACAAUCGAAGGCAGAACUGUUUCUCUUGAUUUUACAAUACCAGUCCCUUUUUGUUCUUCCGUUGUCGGCGUGAAAAGUGGAGAUACUUGUUUCGGCAUAGCUCAAAAGUUCAAAAUGAGCUCGGAAUUCUUUGACAUUAUCAACCCAAAUCUGAAUUGCAACAAGUUGUUUAUUGGAGAAUGGAUUUGUGUUGAUGGACUAUGA